GAGAUACAAGUUAUGUACCAGGGCGUUUCAACAUAAAACAAAAACAACAUUCAAAACCGGAAUUUUUGAAAAAUCAAACUUACAUUGACCAAUCCAAAAAAAAAAAUAAAAAACCACUUUUCAAAAUGGAAAAAAUCCAACAACCAAAUUCACCAAGUUCAAAGAGCAAUAAUUCAAAUUGCAAUACAAAAAAUAAUGUAUCACCAAUACCAACAAUUAGCGGCGGCCGCUAUUGCCAUAUUGUUAAGAGACCUGAUUUUGAUGGAUAUGGAUUUAAUUUACAUUCGGAAAAAAUUAAACCUGGUCAAUAUAUUGGAAAAGUUGAUCCAGAUUCACCAGCCGAAGCAGCUGGAUUAAGAGAAGGUGAUCAGAUAAUUGAAGUAAAUGGUGUUAAUAUUGGAGUGGAGACUCACAAACAAGUUGUCCAAAGGAUCAAAGCAAUUUCGAAUGAAGUUCGUUUAUUAUUGAUUGAUAAUACGGAAAAUGUUGCAGAUGUUAAGAGUCAAUCAAUUAAUAGUAACAAAUCUAACAAUCAUAAUAAUCAUAAUAAAAACUCUACAACAACCCAGAUACCAAACUCUCCAACAACAACAACAACAACAUCAUCAACAGUAACAAUAGUUCCAAUGAUUGUAGAAGCAACUAUGGCUUCCGGAGAAAAUCAAAAAGAUGAAGUCACCAGCAUAAGUCUGGUUAGCACGAAAACUCAGUCAACUUACAGCAAUAAUCCAACAGUCGAUGUUACCGAUUUCGAUACCAGUGAAGAAAUUCUUAAUAACGGUCAUCCUGUAACAAUAGCCAAUGGAAAAUCAUCUGAGUUAUCAACUUCAAAGGUUUCCUCAGAAGAUGCCCCACCAACAACAAUAAUAACAACAUCGUCACCGCCGCCGCCACCACCGCCCUCUGAGCAGCACAUGAUGAUGAUGGAUUCAUCAAACAACAAGUCACAAAAUACCGUUACCGAUGCCGAUGUCGUCCCUUCGCAAAACAAACCUGGUCUAAAUUUAAAUUUAACUGCUGCAGAAAUGAGAGCAAAACUGUUAGCUAAGAAAAAAUUCGAUCCGAAAAACGAUAGUGUUGAUUUAAAAAAGAAAUUUGAUAUAAUUCAAAAGCUUUAGAGGGAGAGAAAGAAAAUAAGAGAGAGAGAGAGAGAGAGAGAGAAAUCCUAAGUUGAAAAUCAUAUAUUGAAGAUUAUUCUCGUAUUACACCAAAUCUAGUUUCAAACAAAGUUCGCAUAAAACUUGAAUAUAUAUAUUUCAUCCAUUCUUUUGUCCAAAAAAAAGAAGAAAUUAAAACAAAUAAUAAAAAAAAAAGUUAUAAUUUCAAAGUAAUCUCAAAAAGAUUUUGCAUUCGCAUUCAAAAAUUGCUUAUCUUAACUCAAAAUAUUUGAUAAUCCCUUAUAAUAGUAUUAUUUAUUAUAAAAAAAUGAAAUUAAACAAAAACAAAUCUAGAUUUCCUGCCAUUUUAAAAUGAAUAAAGAAAAAUUCCGACCACAUUACAAAAAAAACAUGUUUUCUCGAAAUUCAUUUCAAGUCCAUUUCGAUUACCAACUGUCAAAAAUUUUGAGUUAAGACAA